AUGGAAGCCCUUAUGCGCGCCACAGAGAUGAUGAAGUCCUUCCGGGAAACUCGCCUCAGUGGGCUCCGUCCACCGACAGAAUUCUUUGAUGUGAACCGAAUCUCGCGACCGGCCGAUCUCACUCAAGCGACAAAGCGCAUAUCGUACAACACUCGCUACUUCUCAGGGAACUACCUACUCCUCGUUCUCAUCCUAUUCGUAUACGCUCUCCUCACCAACCUCACACUCGUAUUCGCCACUCUCUUCGUCUUCGGUGGGUUCACCGCAAUCAACAGAUUCGCCCCAGAGGAGUUCAGCAUUGCCGGCCAGACGAUCACCCAGCGCACGCUCUACACCGGCCUCCUCGUGAUCGGCAUCCCCCUCAUCUACUUCGCGUCCCCCUUCGGCACCUUCUUCUGGCUCGUCGGCGCCUCCUCCGUCCUCAUCCUCGGCCACGCGAGCAUGAUCGAGCCCGGCAUCGAGAGCGAGUACGCACAGGUCGAGGGCCAGGUCUGA